CCAGAUGGCUUCCCUGUUAUGUUGUCAUGAGGCAUGUGGCACAAGCGUCAUCGUAGGGGUACCUCCUGAUUCCCAGAACCUCUCAAUAAACCCUAUGCUGCUACUGACUGGACGCACCUGGAAGGGGGCUGUUUAUGGUGGCUUUAAGAGUAAAGAAGAUAUCCCAAAACUUGUGGCUGAUUUUAUGGCUAAGAAGUUUUCACUGGAUGCUUUAAUAACCCAUGUUUUACCUUUUGAAAAAAUAAAUGAAGGCUUUGACCUGCUUCGCUCUGGGAAAAGUAUCCGUACCAUCCUGAUGUUUUGAAACAAUAGAGAUGCCUUCCCUUGUAGCAGGCUUCAGCCUCCUCUACCCUACAUGAUCUGGAGCAACAGAUGGGAAAUAUCAUAAUUCUGCUCUUCAGAGAUAUUUUCAAUAAAUUACACAUGGGGGAUUUCCAAAGAAAUGGAAAUUGAUGGGAAAUUAUUUUUCAAGCAAAAAUUUAAAAUUCAAGUGAGAACUAAAUAAAGUGUUGAACAUCAGCUGGGGAAUUGAAGCCAAUAAACCGUCCUUCUCAACCAUUCUACUGUGUCAUCUUUGCCAUUGAGGAAAAAUAUUUCCUGUGACUUCUUGCAUUUUUGGUAUCUUCAUAAUCUUUAGUCAUUGAACCCAGUGGAGGGGAACCUUCACUUGCCCUGAACACACACCUGCUGGGCCACUGUGCUUGAAAUCCCCUACCUCUAUCACAAUUUUCACUGUUGGCAUUUUCCUUUUUUAAAUAAAAUGUACCAAAUUCCUAGGGUAAAAGCUAUGGUAAGGUAAAGGAUAGACUCACAUUUACAAGUAGUGAAGGUCCAAGAGUUCUAAAUACAAGAAAUUUCUUGGGAACUCAUAUAAAAUGUCCCACAUUUACUGCAGUAAAGGGUAGUGUUUUUAUGGCUUUUAUACUAUUUCUUUAUGGUUGAUGUACAAUUGAUUUUUAAAAAUAAUAGCAGAUUUCUUGCUUCAUAUGACAAAGGCUCAAUUACCAAUUGUAAAAAAUGAACUAUUUCCAGAAUCAUGUUCAAAAAAUCUGUAAUUUUUGCUCAUGAAAGUACUUCAUUGACUAAAUUGUAUUAGUCUAUGGCUAUACAUGAUUAUUUAGAUGAUGACUGAAAAUGCAUGUAAAAUAAUUAAAAGCUAUAUGCUGGCUUUAAGUGUAGAUAUGGGGUGGCAAAUGCUGUGAAUGCAGGAAAAAAAUUGAUAACUGAGAAAUGGCACAAACACCUUAAGCAAUAUUUUUCCCUAGUCGAUAUAUACACACACAUACAUAUAUACACAUAUACAAACGUCUAUUUUUGCAAAAUUGUUUUCAGUCUAUAACUUUUCUAUUAACUACCAUGUCUUAAAAUCAAUUCUAUAAUCCUAGCAUUCGUUUAAUAUUCUGAAUAUGUAAGGACCUGUGAUGCCCAUUUGUUAAUGCUUUCCCACUCUCAGGGGAAGGAUUUGCAUUUUGAGCUUUAUCUGUAAAUGUGGCAUGCAAAGAUUAUUCCUGGUAAAGGAGGUAGCUGUCUCCAAAAAUGCUAUUGUUGCAAUAUCUACAUUCUAUUUCAUAUUAUGAAAGACCUUAGACAUAAAGUAAAAUAGUUUAUCAUUUACUGUGUGAUCUUCAGUAAGUCCCUCAGGCUCUCUGAGCUUAUUCAUCCUUUGUUUUGAAAAAAUUACUCAACCUACCCAUUACAGCUUAGCCAAGAUUAAAUGGGAUGAUGUUAA